CGUACGCGCAUGCGCGGGUGCGACGCCGGCUCACUUUACCCCUCCUCUGUUCUCUGUGGGCCGCGCUGUGCGGUAGGGCGGUGAUAGUGUUGGAGGGGCAGGGGAGGCUCUCCAGCGCUCAAGACACCCGAGUAGCAGCCCUGUGUCGAAGGCGUUGGUUUGGUGAGACACCAGCGCGUCCUGUCCCACCUCAGGGCAGUGUAAACUGCGUGGGCUGUGUGUGUGUGUUACCCAGACUGCCCGGCAGACACGAGCCGGUUAAGAUGGGCUUGUUCAUAACUAUUAAUAUCCGUUAAGUCUACGGCUUCGUCGGGAGGGGAAGUGGAGAGGGAGGCACUUUCUGGCGACCAGUGACAGGACCCGAGGGCAGGACAUGAAGCUGUGUCAGGGGAGGUUUAGGGUUGGAUACUUAAAAAGUUUUUUCCCUCAGAGGGUUGUUGGGAACUGGAACAGUCCCCCCGGAAAAGUGGUCACUGCAUCGGCCUGACCGAGCUCAAAAAUUGUUUGGACAAUGCUUUUCACGCACAGGGUGUGACUUAUGAUUGUCCUGUGCAGGGCCAGAAGUCAGACUCGAUGAUCCUUGGAGCAACAAAAAUGGCCAACCAAGAAGCAGCAGAGAUACAAAUUUCGGAGUUAGAUUUACUGUCUAGCAUGUUUCCUUAUGAGGAAGAGUUUGCUGUCACAGACCAACUGGCUCUAGCUGAACUGAAAUACUAUGUUGAAAAUGAGUCUGCAGAGGUGCCAUCUUCAAAAGUUCAGUUUUUACUGAACAUAAAGACAGAGGUGCCUAAUGCCUCUACGGUGGAAUUCUCUAUAUCCUGUGCUUUACCAUUUAAAUAUCCAAGUGUUCUCCCAGAAAUUACCGUGAGGUCAUCAUUAUUAAGCCGCUCUCAGCAGAUUCUUCUGAACUCUGAUCUGAAAACAUACUUGAUGCAAAACUUCAGUGGCGAGCCCUGCAUACUGAGUGCAAGGGAAUGGGUUAAAGAUCAUGCAGCUGCUUACAUUGACAAAGAUCUUUCAUCCUUCUCAAUGGCAGCCUCAGAUGCCACGAAGUCAGAAGUCACCACAUUCACUCGAUUGUGGAUCUACAGUCAUCACAUUUACAACAAGCAAAAAAGAAAGAAUAUUAUUGACUGGGCCAAGGAGCUCUCUCUGUCAGGGUUUUGCAUGCCAGGAAAGCCAGGUGUUGUUUGUGUAGAAGGUUUACAAAGUAGUUGUGAAGAGUUCUGGUCAAGGAUAAGAAGAUUAACAUGGAAGAGAAUCCUUAUUCGGCACCGCGAAGAUGUUUCUUUGGAAGGUGGAGGACAUGCUGAGAUCCAGAAGCAACGAAAGUUCCCCGCUUUGGAAGAAAAAUGUUUUGAUGCACAUGGUGCCCGGGGAAAUCAUAUGGACUUGGGGCAACUAUAUAAUUUUUUAGAAGAAAAAGGAUGUGCUGACAUAUUUCAAAUGUACUUUGGGGUUGAAGGGCAUUCAAGGGGUUGAUCAGCAGAGGCCCCAGCAGCUACAUUUUUAAUUUAAUCCUCUUAACAGAUUCCUUAGCUUUUCUGCAACAGUUGAUCAGAGAGGGAAUUAAUAGUUCAUGAUUCAUGUGAUGAAUUCAGUUUUCAGUAUAAAAAAAUAUCCAGCGAAGUCCUGAAUAAUGGAAAUGACUGUAUGAAUGCUUUGUGCACUUUCUGGUGUUAAAAGAGAUUUAGGGUACAUACCUAUUUAAAAUGAAAGAAAAUGUGUUUGACAACCUACUGGACAGUUACAGAAUUGUAGAUGGAUGAAUGUGGUGAAUAUACAAAUAAGACAAAAUUGCAGUGUGGGUAUCUCAGGAGUGAGAAGAUGAUGUUUACAUUAAUUGUUACUGUUUACAUACCCUUAAUGAAAACUUGUUUUCUAAACAAUCUUCUACAUUCAACCUGAAAGUUUAGUAAGCCCUGAGAUCAUUAUUUUAUUUUAAAAAAGAACAAAUGGAGAGAGCAAGUUUACUGGAGUCUUAUUCAUGCUACCAAGAUAAGCUAGGAUUCCUACUCUAAGGCUUAAGAAUUUUCUGUAGUAAAAGUGUGUGUGCAGGUAAGAUAGAUACCAUGGUGUCUCCACUACACCUGUUAAUUUGGUUUGUGUAAAAGCAGCGGGGUACCAAGGAUCGGGUUCCCUUAUAGCACGCUCAAAAACUCUGAAACGAUCCUCAGCCUUCUGAGUUACCAAGUUUUCAAUCCUGUAAUGUGAAGUGCAUUAUGUAUUUUUGAGUGGGAUUUCAACAAAGUUGUAUCAAUGAAUGCUAAUUUUGCAGAUACUGCAUCUAAAUCCCUGUAGAAAAAGCAGACAUUGGUUUCUUUUGAUUAAAUAUUUUUAUUAAAUAUUGAUUAAA